GCCCCGCCCGCGCGCGCGCGCCGGCAGGUCGGCAGCCUCGCUCUGGCUCGCGCCGCGCCUCCGCGGCGAGUCCGCGCGUCAGUCGAGCCCGAGCGCGGCUGCGGAGCGGAGGGCUGCGGCCGGCAGAGCGCGCCGACCCGGGGAGGUAGUCGUGUCCGCGGGUGUCGCCUGAGGAGACUGGGAGCCCGGAGACUCGCGCAGCGCGAUGGCUCCCAUUGGCCUCAAAGCCGUGGUCGGAGAGAAGAUCAUGCACGAUGUGAUAAAGAAGGUAAAGAAGAAGGGGGAGUGGAAGGUGCUGGUGGUCGAUCAGCUGAGCAUGAGGAUGUUGUCCUCCUGCUGUAAGAUGACGGACAUCAUGACCGAGGGGAUAACAAUUGUGGAGGACAUCAACAAGCGCAGAGAGCCGCUCCCCAGCCUGGAGGCCGUGUAUCUCAUCACUCCGUCUGAGAAGUCUGUACACUCUCUCAUUGGUGACUUUAAGGACCCACCAACUGCUAAGUACCGGGCUGCGCAUGUCUUCUUCACGGACUCUUGUCCAGACGCCCUGUUUAAUGAGCUGGUGAAAUCUCGAGCCGCCAAAGUCAUCAAAACUCUGACGGAAAUCAACAUUGCAUUUCUGCCCUACGAGUCCCAGGUGUAUUCCUUGGACUCUGCGGACUCUUUCCAGAGCUUCUACAGUCCCCACAAAGCUCAGAUGAAGAAUCCCAUACUGGAGCGCCUGGCAGAGCAGAUUGCAACCCUGUGUGCCACCCUGAAGGAGUACCCAGCGGUGCGGUAUCGGGGGGAAUACAAGGACAAUGCUUUGCUGGCUCAGCUAAUCCAGGACAAGCUCGAUGCCUACAAAGCCGAUGACCCAACGAUGGGAGAGGGCCCAGACAAGGCGCGCUCCCAGCUCCUGAUCCUGGACCGCGGCUUCGACCCCAGCUCCCCCGUGCUUCACGAACUGACUUUUCAGGCUAUGAGUUAUGACCUGCUGCCCAUUGAAAACGAUGUAUACAAGUACGAGACGAGCGGCAUCGGAGAGGCACGGGUGAAGGAAGUGCUCCUGGACGAGGAUGAUGACCUCUGGAUAGCACUGCGCCACAAGCACAUCGCAGAAGUGUCCCAGGAAGUCACCCGUUCCCUGAAAGAUUUUUCUUCCAGCAAGAGAAUGAACACUGGAGAGAAGACCACCAUGCGGGACCUGUCCCAGAUGUUGAAGAAGAUGCCCCAGUACCAGAAAGAGCUCAGCAAGUAUUCGACUCACCUGCACCUGGCUGAGGACUGCAUGAAGCAUUACCAAGGCACCGUGGAUAAACUCUGCCGGGUAGAGCAGGACCUGGCCAUGGGCACAGAUGCUGAAGGGGAGAAGAUCAAGGACCCCAUGAGAGCCAUCGUCCCCAUUCUGCUGGAUGCAAAUGUCAGCACUUACGACAAAAUCCGCAUCAUCCUUCUCUACAUCUUUUUGAAGAAUGGCAUCACUGAGGAGAACCUGAAUAAACUGAUCCAGCACGCCCAGAUCCCCCCGGAGGACAGCGAGAUCAUCACCAACAUGGCUCACCUGGGAGUGCCCAUCGUCACUGAUUCCACACUGCGCCGUAGGAGCAAGCCAGAGCGGAAGGAGCGCAUCAGCGAGCAGACCUACCAGCUCUCGCGGUGGACUCCGAUCAUUAAAGACAUCAUGGAGGACACUAUUGAAGACAAACUUGAUACCAAGCACUACCCUUACAUCUCUACGCGCUCCUCUGCCUCCUUUAGUACCACCGCAGUCAGCGCCCGCUACGGGCACUGGCAUAAGAAUAAGGCCCCAGGGGAGUACCGCAGUGGUCCCCGCCUCAUUAUUUUCAUCCUUGGGGGCGUGAGCCUGAACGAGAUGCGUUGUGCUUACGAGGUGACCCAAGCCAAUGGAAAGUGGGAAGUGCUAAUAGGAUCCACGCACAUUCUCACCCCACAGAAACUUCUGGACACGCUGAAGAAACUGAAUAAAACAGAUGAAGAAAUAAGCAGUUAAAAACAUAAGCCACCCCUCCAAAAAACGAACCCUCUUCCCACAGUGCUCCGCAGCCCCUACUGCUGCCCGCCUCGGUUACUUUGCUGACCCUGUCCCUCCACUGCCUCCCCCAGCUCUGCACGCCCUGGCCGGCACUGUCGCCGCUGCGUUCUCGUGUUUAAUGAUGCCCUCUUCUUGUGUGAAACAAAAGAAAAUAAUGCAUUGUGUUUUUUAAAAAGGGUAUCCUCUACAUGUGUCCUAAGAGGAAAAGUUCCCGCGUAAGGGACACACUGCUGGAGAAGUUGUAGAACUUUCUAGAAUGAAUGGACACCUUCUUCCCAUUAUUAUGAUUCCAUGACCUUGUAUAUAACCCAGUGCGACAUGCGCAAAUUGCUUGAGUAUGGGAAGGUAGACGUUUGGGUGUUUUACAAAAUCCGUUUUGGGCUGUUACUGGUUUUUUUUCAGGAAUCACAGAGAUGUCUGUUCCUGGAAUAUUUCAAACUGAGGAUUAAUCUGUUGGCUUCACUCCAGUUCUUACCCCCUCAGCCUGCUCUCAUCCAGAUAAACUUAGCAGUGAAGAUCAGGUGACAUCUUGUGAGGUUCGAGCUGGAAGCGACCUCUUAGCCUUCCCCAGUAGCUUACCAUCUCUGUGCUGGGGCUGUGGGAGGGGCUGGAGGUAUUCCCAUGAAGUCAGGCCUGGUGCCGGGCUGCCUGCCCAAAGCCUGUCACCACUCCCCGCCUAAGUCACAGUGCCCAGCAAGUGUGGAGCAAGUCCCACCAGGACCUUUGUCUCUUGGAGAAGCAGUUAGGCUGGGCUUUUUGCCAGACCCUUUCCUUCCCUGGGCACCACCCCCAACAGAACUCCUCUUUCUCAGUGGGGUCAGCACGGGCAGAGCCCCAGGUGAGGAAUGAACUAGAACGGAAUCUGAGCAGAGGGCCCUUUCCUGUAGACAAAGGUCUGUGCCCCUAAGACUUCAAACCCCCCAGAAAAACAGCCCAUUGGAUUUAUGCAGACCCUGUUCCCACUCAGAUUAUCCUCAGUUUAAGAUACUUCAUAAUACUUUAUUUUGUGUCGUGUGGGGUCAUACGUCGUCGUGCUUGUAAGAGAAAAUGAUCAUUUUAUUCUCUGUAUAAAACUUAGCUCUAAAGCAAAAAUGAAAGAAGCAAACGCAGAAAGGAUGUUGCGUCAUCCUCCAGACUCAGCAGCUCUCCGUUCUCCGGUGGUGAGCGCACCACGUGUCCUGCUGCUGGUGUCGCAAAAUAUGACAGUGGAAGUCACAAAAAUGUCCCCUGCCCAGCCCCCCGCUGCCCUUGAACCCCUGCAGACUGUGUGCAUAUUACUGUCUCGUGAUGUCCCUGCAGACGUGGUGUGUGCUAGCUCCACGCGGCCGCCCGCUCUCCUUCCGGAGCGCGUUCCUCGCCCUCCCCGGUAGACGCUUCGUGGUGUUCUCAAGGCUUCGGAAUCUCCCUGGCGCACUCAGAUUAGUUUUCAGGCCCCUUCUCUCUGUCUCCCUUCUCCCCAUGAAGAUAUCCCCGUUUCCUUAGGACAGAACUGUAGGUGCUUGCACUGGUUUGUUUCUUGCUGUCACUGCUUGUUUUGUCCCCGCCCCUGACUCGACAGGGCUCACGCUUCAGGGCCUUGUGUGUCGAACAUGUUGGGUUUCCUUUCUCUGUUAUUUAUAUAAAAAUAAUUUAUCAAAAGGAUAUUUUAAAAAAGCUAGUCUGUCUUGAAACUUGUUUACCUUGAAAUUCUCAGAAUCUCAGUGUUGGAAAGUAUUGAAGCACAAACAUGUAUCAUCUCUGUACCGUUCUGUACUAAAGCGCUCGAGUCUAAUAAAUCAAUCAGUCAGCACCCA